AACAUCCGACUUCACUCUGUCACAUUUCUCCAUUUCUAAACGUCCACAGGAUUUUAUUUGUGUCCGUCACUUUUCUUUGUGCAGACCUGUGGCUGUGGGUCUAACUGGACAUUCAUGGACUCUUGACUUCACUGUCGUUGAGGUCCAACAGACUUCACCUGUGCAGGACAGGAUGCACGAGGACGUGAACCUGCUGAAUCCGCCGGGCCUGCUGACUAUGCCCCGGAGCCCCACCUCCAGUGAGGAUGAGAUGGCCCAGAGCUUUUCCGACUACUCCGACGACUGUGCCUCCGACAGCUCCCGCGAAGAGACUAUUUACGAGACCAUAAGAGCCACCGCCGAGCCGUCGCCAAGCCGCAUGGACGACAUUCACACGAACUCGCUGGUCGUCCGAGUCCUCAUCCCCGACCUGCAGCAGACGAAAUGCAUGCGCUUCAACCCGGAUGCGACGGUCUGGGUUGCCAAGCAGCGGAUCCUCUGUACGCUUAAUCAGAGCCUGAAAGACGUGCUCAACUAUGGGCUGUUCCAGCCAGCGAGCAACGGGAGGGACGGCAAGUUCCUGGAUGAAGAGCGAGUCCUCCGAGAGUACCCCCAGCCAAUCAGCAAGGGCGUCCCGUCUUUGGAGUUCCGCUACAAGAGUCGAGUCUACAGGCAGCCCAACGUGGACGAGAAGCAGAUCGCCAAACUUCACACGAAGGCCAAUCUGAGGAAGUUCAUGGAUCUCAUCCAGCAUAAUCAGGUGGACAAAGUGUCCAAGUUGUUGGAGAGAGGCUUCGAUCCAAACUACCAUGACAGCGAGACCGGUGAGAGCCCGCUGACAUUUGCAGCUCACCUGGACAAUGUGGUGGAGAUUAUCAAGGUGCUGAAGAACGGAGGAGCUCACCUGGACUUCAGAGCCAAAGACGGCAUGACUUCCCUCCAUAAAGCCGCACGGUCCAAGAAUCAGAUUACACUCAAGCGUGGUGGUGGGAGGCGACCCGGGCUGCUGCGAGCCCUGCUGAACCACCACGCCUUCGUCUGCUGCCAGGACGAGAACGGCUGGCAUGAAGUCCACCAGGCUUGCCGUCACGGCCAUGUUCAGCACCUGGAGCAUCUGCUGUUCUAUGGAGCAGACAUGAGCGCCCAGAACGCCUCGGGAAACACUGCUCUACACAUCUGUGCCCUAUACAACCAGGAUAACUGUGCCAGAGUGCUGCUCGUUCGUGGAGCAGACAAAGAAGUGAAGAACUACAACAGCCAGAGUCCAUUUCAGGUCGCCAUUAUUGCUGGAAACUUUGAGCUCGCUGAACUCAUCAAGAACCACAAAGAGACAGAUAUAGGAUACAUUUCAAAUCCCCUCCAUGGUUUGAGCCUUCCUAAAUAACCUCCCUGGUAUAAUCCCUCUCCGCGAGGAUUACGAGAACGUUUGCCAAGAGGAUGAAAGUUUAUGUUUACACCAGGACGAUCCCGGGCCCAUUACACCGAGAGAAAUGAUCAAUGCUUCAGCUUCAG